CUUUUAUUGUACGCACUCCCCAUCCAAUUUACUCCAAAUUCCUCUUUUUGCCUUAACAAAGCUGCGAACCCUAUUACCCUACCGCCUUAAAAUUUAUCACGAAACAGUUGAAGCAUCGCCACAGUGUUCACAUCUUCGCUCAAUAUCUUAGCAGAGUUUGCGGAAUGGUUGCCGGCGGCCUCCAACCGCCCCCAAUUGAAGAGGAGGAGGAGGCCCUCCGGGCGCAAGGACAGGGUGUAAUUUUCAUCCUUGAUGAUGCUCAGCUAGAAGUGGCGCAAGUUGGCAAGACGUUCCAGCUUCUCAACUGCGACGACCAUGCCACUUACCUUCGAAAACACAAAAAGGACCCGGCAUUGUACCGUCCAGAUAUCUGCCACCAGGCGCUCCUGAACAUCUUGGACAGCCCGCUCAAUAAAGCAGCCAAAAUUAAGGCUGUGUACGUCCGCACACACAAGAACGUGCUAUUCUCGAUUAACCCCAAGACGCGGAUACCCCGCACCAUCAAACGUUUUUCGGGCCUUAUGGUCCAACUGUUGCAAAAGCUCAGCAUCCGAGCGACCAACGGACCGGAUAAGCUCAUGAAGGUGAUUAAGGGCCCGGUUACCAAGUACCUGCCUUUGGACUGUAAGCGCGUGGGCUUCUCCUUCGCCGCUGCCAAGCGCGUGGCUAUCCACGAUUAUGUGGCAGCCAUGGAUGACAGCAAGCCGGUGGUUUUCGUGGUGGGGGCCUUUGCGCACGGCCGCAUCGAGGCGCCUUGGGUGGAUGAGGAACUCAACGUGUCAGAGUACCCGCUCAGCGCAGCGUACUGCAUCAGCCGCAUCACGAAUGCGUUUGAGAUGAAGUGGAAAAUCGUAUAG